UCAGACUUGAGGAGCUGUAAGUUACGAUGGCGAGCGCUUCUCAUCUGUCCGCUCGUCGCCCUUCUUCCAGGUUCUGUGGACGGACGGAGCGGCUGCUGCCUUGAACCCACCGCCCUGUCAUUUUCCUCACUACAGGACAAGCCAAACCACCAACUCAUGCGAUGUUACUGCAAAGUCAAGGACAUUUUAACGUAAUCAUAGCUACUUUGGCCUUUUCUGUCGAUUGAAAAAAACCAGCGUGUUGCUCUCCGGCGCAAUGACGUGGCCAGAUUUAGUAAACAUGGGCAGAAACAGCGGAUGAUAUCUUGCUACACACUCUCGGGCUGAUGAUGUUUCCCUGCGUGUCAUUCUUUACACAUCCUACCCGCGCCCUUCCUUUGCAGAGGGGCCGAACAAACGGCGACGUAAAGGAAAUAAACCUCUGACUUUCGAUGUGUUCCUGUCAGUUAUGGCAUCGUUUCUAAACACAGCAGAAGCUGCCUCGUGCUGAAGGAAACCAGCGUUCCUGGAGCAAGUAGAGUUUAUAAAACACGGAGAAAGGCGGAUGAACUUUGGAUCGCUAAGUGUUGGAGUGCAGUGAGGCCAGAGGUGCAUCGCUGUUGUGCAUCAGGUCCAGGAACCAUCAAUGCUGUCUUCAGCUGGGAAUUUAACAAAUCACAUAUAGGAGCACCCGGAGUCUCUCCUAUUCCCUCUCCCCCUCCCUUCCCUCUGACCCUCCCUUCCCCAUUCCCUUGUCAGUCUUUUCCCUAAUCCCCUUUGCCCCUUCUCUGAGAUUCACCAUGCUCAUCAAGGAGUACCGCAUCCCCAUGCCCAUGAGUGUGGAGGAGUACCGCAUUGCCCAGCUUUAUAUGAUUCAGAAAAAGAGCAGAGAAGAGAGCUGUGGUGAGGGUAGUGGGGUGGAGAUCCUAGAGAAUAAACCCUACACAGAUGGACCCGGAGGGACGGGUCAGUACACCCACAAAGUCUACCACAUUGGCAUGCAUAUUCCUAGCUGGUUUCGAUCCAUUCUUCCCAAAGCUGCACUGAGAGUUGAAGAGGAAUCUUGGAACGCCUACCCUUAUACCCGCACUAGAUACACCUGUCCCUUUGUUGAGAAGUUCUCCAUUGAUAUUGAGACCUACUACAAACCAGACACAGGCAAUCAAGCAGAUGUUUUUAACUUGUCUGCAACAGAUAAGAGACAAAGGACUAUUGAUCCGAUUGACAUAGUAACAGAUCCCAUCCCCCCACAUGAGUACAAAGCAGAGGAAGACCCAAGGCUUUACAAGUCGGUCAAGACUCAGAGGGGUCCCCUUCGAGAUGAUUGGAUAGAGGAGUACAACAACAACCCAGGGAAGACCCCAAUUAUGUGUGCCUACAAACUGUGCAAAGUGGAGUUCCGUUACUGGGGCAUGCAAUCUAAGAUUGAACGCUUUAUUCAUGAUGUCGGACUGAGAAAAGUGAUGGUGCGUGCCCACCGGCAGGCCUGGUGUUGGCAGGAUGAGUGGUAUGGUCUUACCAUUGAGGACAUCAGGCAGUUGGAGCUGGAAACCCAGCUGGCCUUGGCUAGGAAGAUGGCCCAGUUCUGCCAGGGAGAGGAGGCCACUGAAGCCAUUGGAGGUGCUCCAUCUCCAGACAAAGAUCAGGAGGUUAAGGAGGCCAUCAGCUCCAUUGAAACUGAGGAAGUUGUUGCCAGCUCAGGAGGAGAGACUCUCCAGCCACGAGGUGUACUCACCAAGCAGUGGUCCACCUCAUCUCGAUCCUCCCGUUCAUCAAAGAGAGGAGUGAGCCCAUCACGUCAUAGCAUUUCAGAGUGGAGGAUGCAGAGCAUAGCUCGAGAUUCAGACGACAGUUCGGACGAAGAAUUCUUCGACGCUCAUGAGGAUCUCUCAGACGGUGAGGAAGUCUUUCCUAAGGAAAUUGCCAAAUGGAACUCCAAUGAUCUCAUGGACAAAAUUGAAGCCACAGACACCGAGGAAGCUCCUGGUGAGCUUUUUAAGGAAAUGACUGUGGAUUAUGAAAGAGUAACAAGUGAGGACAGACUAGAUGAGGAGAGCUCAUCCCAGCAGUGUCUGCAGCCUUCCAAGAUCCAUGUGCUGAUCUUGGUCCUGCAUGGAGGGAACAUCCUGGAUACAGGUGGAGGGGACCAGAACAGCAAGCAGGCCGAUGUCAACACAAUUAGUACCGCUUUUGAGACAGUCAUGCGUGUUCACUACCCUGCUGCGCUGGGACGCAUCGCCAUCCGCUUGGUGCCUUGCCCUGCCAUCUGUGCUGAGGCCUUCUCUCUAGUGUCCAACCUGAGCCCUUACAGUUAUGAUGAAAGCUGUCUGUCCAGCAGCCAGGACCAUAUCCCGCUGGCGGCUCUGCCUCUCCUGGCAACCUCAGCUCCCCAAUAUCAGGACGCUGUGGCCACCGUCAUUGUUCGAGCCAAUCAAGUUUAUGCUGACUUUAUAAAGUCUCUGGACGGGGCUAACUUCUCUGGCCAGGUAUGCCUCAUUGGGGACUGUGUGGGAGGAAUCUUAGGGUUUGAUGCUUUGUGUAACAGCAAUCCCACAGUAAACGAAAGCCAGAACAGCAGUCGCAGGGGGAGUGUCAUCAGCGUGCAGGACCAGGACCUCCUCUCACCAGGCAUCAUUGUCAACUGCGGACAUGGACCAGCUUCUCCAACACUAGAAGGCAGCCGCCACCUCAGUCGCAGUAACAUAGAUAUUCCUCGCACCAGCACAGGUGACGACCCCAAAAGACAACUGCCACGCAAGAGAAGCGACUCCUCCACCUACGAAAUGGACACAAUAAAACAACACCAAGCUUUCCUGUCUAGCUUGCACUCUAGUGUCUUGCGGAAUGAUGCAGCCUCACGCAGGUCGAGCAGCAGCACCAUGCUGGAUGGAUGCUCCCUGGGGAAGUUUGACUUUGAGGUGUCUGACUUUUUCCUCUUUGGCUCUCCACUGGGCUUGGUACUUGCCCUAAGGAAGACUGUGAUCCCUAUGCUGGACGUGGCCCAGCUGCGGCCUGCUUGUCAGCAGGUUUAUAACUUGUUCCAUCCAGCUGAUCCCUCAGCCUCCCGUCUGGAGCCUCUACUGGAGCGGAAAUUUCACCUCCUCCCUCCCUUCAACGUGCCCCGUUACCAGCGCUUUCCCCUAGGAGAUGGCAACUCUGCCCUGCUGGUGGAGACAGUCCAGAGCAACGCUCAGCUGCUACUUGAUAGUGGGCCCCCUCUAUUCCUUCGCUGUCAGGAGACCAUCAGUGAGACCUGCAUUCCUGUGCCUGUGCUAAACUGGCAGGAGGGCUCCCUCAAAGCCACACCAGCCACUAUGGAGUCGGAUGUUGUUCAGUCUCAUGGUGGUGUCUUCAUGGACAGUUCGUACCCCUCAUCCCCUGUAACGGGCCCCCUCUCCCGGGGCCAGCGGAGGGCCAGUGAGGUCAGCAUUGCCAGCCAGGUCUCAGGAAUGGCAGACAGUUACACUGCCACCAACAUAGCCAACACCACACAAAACCAGAUUUACCAGUCCAGAAAGUUCAGUCUUUUGUCUCAACUUGCCCUAUCAUCACAAAACAAAUUUGUAAAAAGCCCUCCUAAGUCUCGUAAGAAAGCAGUGGCUGACCAGGCUGCAGGAUCUCCUGAUGUAGAUCUAGUGGCUGAGCUGGAUGUUGAGGCAGACUCUAGCGAAGGUCUUAGUCCCACUUGCCAGUUCGAGAACUGCCUGUCUGCGGGGCUGGACUCUGCUAUAUGUGAUCUGGUCUCACUGGACCCCCAAGCUGAAUUUGAGCAAGUUGCAGGACGUUGGUGGGGCACAAAGCGGCUGGACUUUGCUCUGUACUGUCCCGACGCUCUGACCGCUUUCCCCACUGUAGCUUUACCACACCUCUUCCAUGCAUCAUACUGGGAAUCCACUGAUGUUGUGUCUUUUCUCCUGAGGCAGGUCAUGAGGCAUGACAACUCAAGUAUUCUGGAGCUUGAUGGUAAAGAAGUGUCUGAAUUUACUCCUUCUAAACCUCGAGAGAAGUGGCUCCGCAAAAGGACUCAUGUCAAGAUCAGGAAUGUGACUGCCAACCACCGUGUGAACGAUGCCGUGUUUACUGAAGACAACCAGCAGGUUGUGACAGGUCGCUUCAUGUAUGGUCCUCUGGACAUGGUCACUUUAGCCGGGGAGAAGGUUGACCUCCACAUCAUGACUCAGCCUCCAUCAGGAGAAUGGGUGUAUUUCAACACAGAAGUGACCAACAGCAGUGGUCGUGUGUCUUUUAUAAUCCCAGAGGACAGGCGUCUGGGCAUUGGAGUCUACCCAGUUAAAAUGGUUGUCAGGGGUGACCACACUUUUGCAGACAGCUACCUGACUGUUAUUCCACGUGGCACAGAGUUUGUAGUGUUCAGCAUUGAUGGUUCAUUUGCUGCCAGCGUAUCAAUCAUGGGCAGUGAUCCAAAAGUGCGGGCAGGAGCUGUAGAUGUCGUCAGAUACUGGCAGGAUUUAGGCUAUUUGAUCAUUUAUGUGACUGGACGUCCUGACAUGCAGAAGCAGCGAGUAGUGGCUUGGUUGUCUCAGCACAACUUCCCUCAUGGCGUUGUCUCCUUCUGUGAUGGCCUGGUCCACGAUCCACUUAGACACAAGGCCAACUUUCUCAAGUCCCUGACAGAGGCUCACAUGAAGAUAUUCGCUGGCUAUGGAUCUACCAAAGACAUCUCUGUCUAUACCUCCAUUGGCCUUCCUCCUUCACAAAUAUAUAUUGUCGGCAGACCCUCUAAAAAGAUGCAACACCAGUGCCAGUUCAUCACAGAGGGAUAUGCAGCUCAUUUGUCCCAGCUGGAGUACAACCACCGCUCUCGGCCAGCCAAAUCCAGCAGUGCACGGAUGGUGCUACGUAAAGGCAGCUUUGGUUUGGGUGCAAACAGCGACUUUCUGAGGAAGAGAAACCACCUUUUGCGUACAAUCUCCUCACAGCCAGCCCCCAGCUCCCCAACAGGCAGCAUCCACAACAGACCUGAGCGCACACAGAGCCAGUCAGACAGUGAACGCCUGGAACGGGAGCGGCUGGAGCGUGCUCACAGCCACAGCCAGGGAGCAACCCAGCGCAGUAUGAGCAUCACAGCGAGCUGCUGGGGGCGCAGCAGCAGCACCAAGCUGGAACCAGGAGUUUUCAGCCCAAAAUGAGAUCUGAGAGAAAACGUGAGAGUACUAGCUGGGGUGACAUACAGAUGCAGUGCUGAGGAAGAGACUCUUGACAAAAAGAUAAAUACAGAGAAUGAAAAAGAGCUGGUUUGCAUCAUUUGGGCAAAUGCCACAAUCAAAUCUGGUGCUACAAACCACUAUUUAUAAAACGUAUGCCAGUCACGUUAAACACAUUUUAGGACAGGCUGUGACUGCAUUCAUUACAAAAAAGACAAAAUAGACAUUUUACGAAUCAUCUUCCUGAAACAGGAACAUGUAGUCAACCAGAUAAAGCUAAUAUAGGAAUUCAGGCUGUUUCUACUGUAGAGUAAAUAUUUAUUCAACAUAAAUUAAAAGUCAGCUUUUCUCCUCUUGAUAGGCUUUUAGACAUGGAGAUUGUUACAAAUAAAAAUACUCCUGUACUGUGUUUUGUAGCAAAAAUCACAGGUUGUUCCAGACAGCUUCGAUCAGGUGCUCACACUGAUACGACACUGCAGCUGAAUAACGUGGCCAAUACAAGCACAACCACUGCAACAAAGUGUUUUCUGAGACUAAGUUUAUGUAUAUUUGUUUUAAGGAAAUUUCCUUUUUAUGUUAAUACAGGUUCUAGUCCGAGAGCAGAGCUGUGAUUUAGGUCACACUGGACUGAGUAUCUUACUCGCUUUGGUGUAAACAUACAAUCACAAAGCCAAAAAGAAUUUUUGAUACAAUUAUGGUAAUUUUUCAACAAAAAAGGACAAUGUUUCAGUGAUUUGUAAGCCAACUAGAAAUGAUCUGAUGAACCUAAAUGUAACAAAGAGCAACGCUUGAAUGCUGUCAAGUGCACAGUCCAGUCUUGCUUGUUUUCUUGUCAGCUUUGAAACACAGAAUCAUCCAAGUAUCGCAUGACACAGAAUGCGAAAUUACCCUUUAACUAUGGCUGCAGUUGAAACUGCUCCUGGGUUUUAUAGCAUUUCAGCACCUCAUGUAUGACCCAGCUAGAGGGAAAAGUCCUACUACUGUAUGGUUAAUGUGCCAAAGUUAACAGUAUAAAACAUUAUGCUGUGUAUGAGCAGAGAGGAAAAUAUUGAGGUCUCCUGUGUAAAAAUGAUUUAGAAUAUGUAAGUAUAUAGUUUAAUGCCUUGACAAGGCUUGUACAUAAUUGUUAAAUUAUAGUACAGAUCUGGUAUCUGGUCCACUGAAGACCAGUUUCAAGUGUCUUCUUUACUCUGGGGGUGAACACAAACUCAUUCAGGAUAUAUGUUAUUAAUUAAUGAUAACUAUUGCUAUUUAAAAUGACAGAUAUUUUAAAAUGUUUUCAUUUUGUGAACAAAAUGUGUUUUAAGAUUACUUUUGCUAUGUUGUGUAUUCUCUCUUUAAACUUGAGUUGGAACAGCCAAAAUGCAAAGGUCUUUGCCUGGCACAGUAUUGUAUUUUUAUUAUUUUAUCUUGCAGUUCACCAGAGUUGUAUCAACAGAACUACUAUCUUGUGUCAUAUAUUGUAUGUUUGUUAUUAGAUAUUUUUCAAAUUUUGGAGUUGGCUUCUUUCCGGCUGUUUCUAAGCUGUAAAUGAGGCAUUGAAUGUGCUCUUAGAAUAACCCUUCUUAACUUUAGGGUCUUUUUCUCUUCUGCUGAUCCUUUGGAGGAAAAAAAAAAGUACAAAUUGUAAAUUCUGUAAGAUAUGUUGUUAAAAUUAGGAACACAGCUACAUGCUAUUAGCUAUUUAUAUCUAAAAUGGAUCAAAAAAUUUGAUUUUGUUUUUCAUUCAAAUGCUGAUUAUUAUCCCUCUAACAGGCAUGCAUAGAUCAGACUGCAGUGGACCAAUAGGGCUCAGAUUGAAGGGGAAACGUGCAAUAUUAACACAGCAGCACCACCAGAUCAAACAGUCAGUUCAAAAGCAUCAUAGUGCACUGACAAUCAGUCGAUAUAGCACAUUUUCUACAGAUGUCAAAUUGCAGAGGGUAUCUCAUCUAAAUGAGCACCGUUAAAACUCACAGGUCCCCAUGUUGCAAAGUGGGGCACUAACUCAGUAAUAGCGUUUUAAUUCUAGCACAGUGGCAUCUACACAAUUUAAUUUCAUAUUUGACUUAGCACUCUAAAUUCAGAUUAGGUCCCCUUUUCUAGAAAUAAUUCAGCUUAAUAAAACAUUCCUGCAAUGAAGACAAUUAUCUUCAAACUUAUUAGUGAAGCUCAUUCACAUCAAGACUCUUUUUUUGAGGUUGUGUUUCAUCAUUUUAUGAUGAAAUGUUUUUAAUAUGUUGUACACCACACAGCACACCGAGGGUAGACUACAACGUAACACAUUCCAGUUCACAGGUAGUUAAAAGUCUCUUAAUCCAAACUUUUUGUUGUUAUUCUUACAGACCUCAUAAAACAUAAUUAACUCUUGUCCCUUCCUCUGCAUUUUGACCCUGUCAAAAUUUGGCAUGAAGCCAUAACUCAUUAAAGUUACUGUUUUAAGAAAGUAUGUGUAUAUUAAUAGUAAAUAGGAAAGCAAGGACAGGCGAUGCUGGAAAACCUGCACUUGCAUAACUACUGAACCGUAUUCCCUGAUGAAUCCAGAGAAUGUACAAAAGAAAGUGUGAUCGGUGAAGUUUGGAUACCUCUGGGCAGACAAUCGCUUCGAUUCUGCUGUGGGCAAACCAACUACCAGAGGCCUUAAAUGUUCCUUUUCUGCCUUACACUGACAGUUGUGUGGCAAGGCCUAGAACGGACGCUAUUCACAACUAUACUGACUUCAUGGAGAAGAGACUGUCGACUGUACUUUGUGGAUAUAUGAUGAGGUCAUAUUUUCUUAAAAGGCUUUGGUUUAUUUUACCUUUACAUGAGUAAUUUGACAUAUUUCACUAAGAUAAGGUGAUCACUCGCUCUCUCCAGCUCUGUCCCCUUAUUUGGUACAAUGCCACAACUGUUUCAUCAACAGGCUGUAUAUAUUAAACACAAACAGGUAAAUUAUGCUUGGGAAAAUUCUUAAAUUGUACAGGGUGUGCAUCUUGUGUAUCUCCACUUCCCUGUGAUUUUAUGUACAGUGUAUAAAGAAAAUAUAAAGAACUAAGAAAUGG